UCUUGUUAAAGCCUAAUUUAUAUUUUAAUUAAAAAAAAAAGAAUUUCUAAGAAAUUCAACAUUUUUCAAAAUAUUACAAUUCUAAAUAAUUCAUUAAUUCUUUGGAUCGAGCUAGAUAUCAAUCUGUGCAUAUAGAAAAUUAAAGAAGAAUGCAGGGCCCUAAGCGUAGGCUCUUACCUCAAAUAUACGAUUCGAAUACAAUUAAUUUAAGUAAUAUACCAAAUGCGCCUCAGAAAAUACCUUACACACGUUUAUCUUACAACAAGGAAAAUCCAACCAAAUUUUUCCCUGAUCCAAAUGUCCCGCUUUCCUUACCGAACCCCAAAAGUGAGAAAACCAUUUUUCCGAAGGAAAAUGUUAAACCAGGAGAUAAUAAUGAGCCGAAACAGUUUAAUUCAAAUAGCUUAAAAACAACAGAUAAUCUUAACCCGCAAUCUAAAGCCCGCCAAAGAUCGAAAUCUUUACGAGUUCGUCAAGGUACCCACGACAAAAGAGCCGAGAACCAAGAUAAUUCUGAAGGAAUUCCAUUGUAUCCUCCCAGCUCAGAAGGGCACCGAGAAAAUAACAGCCAACCUUGCAUAGCGGAAUUUCGCGAUAACAAAAUUGAUGAAGUAGACGAUUUCGAAUACUUCAAAAAUUACGGAAAACAUUCGUUGACUCAUUCAGAGCUUCCGAUGUUUGCUAAGGUUACCCCUCACAACUACGUUCUGAACGGAAUCUCGAGCCAUAAAUUGGAAGGUGCAAAAUAUUUUGAUACGGAUUCUUGCAAAUCCGAUAGUCCCGAUUACACCAAAAGGGGAUCCGGUAUCCAGCAUUCCAGACGUUCCAACCAAAGGGUCAGUAACAGUAAUUAUCAAUUCAACUUCGAAAAUCUAACAAACAAAAACGAACGACAUAAUUCGCUGUCCUCGCCUAGACGCCACUCUCAUCAGGCCUCUUCCAGCAAUAUAGCAGCGAAACUACGAGAACCUACCCUGGACUCUAUCACCGAUUAUAAUGACGAUAAAUUUGAGGAAGGUGGUGUAGGCAAUUCAUUACCUGUUUCACCACCCCCCAUAGUUUGUAGGGUACGAAACUUUUCUUUGACUCCCCAAGGUGGCUUAAUCAACAGGGGCGACUCUUUUAGGGUCAAAUAUAGGCGACAAAGCCACGUCCCCACUAUCAUUCCCCGCAAAUAUUCUGGUCGAGUUUCUACCUUGCCAGGUCACAUGGAAAGCCUCAGACCUGAAAUGAUACACAGAAGGUCUAUAUCACAAGAUCCCAUCACUUCGGACAAAGAGAAUGCUCAAGAAGAUGAUUACAAAAGCUCAAAAUUAAACCAUGGAAAGGCCAGGGGAGAGAGAAAAGAAAGCGAUUCUUGGUUACGCAAUAAUAUCGAUGAUUAUAAGGAUGACAAUAUAGAGGGCGAUGGCACCGCAACUUACUACGUGCUAAUAAUAGGAGGGGAAGCGGUGGGGAAAUCUUCCAUAUUGGAGCAAUUUACUAGUUCAGAAUACAUAAACGCUUACGAAUACACAGAUAGAGAGGACACGGAGGACGACGAAAUCAAGGAUCAGUUAGGCGAAAUGGGAAUUGCGGAUGUAUUACCUCAACAAGAGGGGAGUCAAAUGUACGAAAGUAACCCUGCGGAUUAUCAAGAUACCUCUAUAUCAGAAAAUAGUUUUAAUGACGAAAGACUUGUCGAUAGCGAAAGCGAAAACGUUGCUAGGCCCAGUUUGGAUGACGCUCUAAUAACCUUCAACAAAGAAAAGUCAAUAUCCCUUACACUGGAUAAUACGGCGUCUUUGCUUAUCUUCGUGGAGGUGACGGUCAAAGAGGAAGAAGUGUUUGAGGACUAUUACAAUUUCGAAAAUGAAGGAGCACAUGGAUUCUUGAUAGUUUAUUCGAUAAGUGAUAGAGAUUCGUUCGAUAAAGCAAUAAAUAUAAUGAUCAGCUUAAAAAAAAUCCAUUACCCAAAAGCAAAAAUUUUGGUGGGCAAUAAAAGCGAUCUCGUCAGGGCCAGGGAAAUAUCAACUGAAGAAGCCACAAACGCCGCUAGGAGUUACGGUUGCAAAUUUAUAGAAACCUCAGCAGGGUUAAAUUUAAACUUAGACAACUUAUUAGUAGGAAUUCUAACGCAAAUACGAAUUAAAAAUAGCUUACCGCACAACCCAGAUGAUAGGAACAAGGAUUGCAAUUCGAGAAUAUCGGACGUUGUGAUGGAAGACAUAAUGGGCUCCAUCAAAUCGAAUGGACAGAAAAAGAUGAAAAAAAAGGUAAAAACUACUGUCAAAGCGAUUGAAAUCCCCCCGGCACCCAAAUUCGAGAUGAAAGAAGAUGCUUACGCCAAGGGGCGAUUGUUCGGAAGCAGAAGGGCUAAAAAAUUAUUGAACAAAUUUUUCAAGGCUGAUAAAAGAGUAACGAUAGGUAAGCAAGUGUCGAAAUCUUGCGUGAAUCUGUAUUCUUAAAACUUAUAUUUUUUUUGGAAAAUAGAUUUUUAUUUCUUUGAAGGGCGAGAUUAAACUCGAAGUUUGAAAA